AUGGGCAGCCGUGAAAAGGGAAGGGACGAGGAAUCCGUAUCCGCGAAUCCGCAUAUCAGGUAUGGCUUGGUUGGAGCGUUCCGGGUUCCUAAGUCAGCCCUUGAAGGAGCUAAGAGUGAGGAGGAGAUUCCGAAGGACGAGUCUCUAACUGGGGCAAAUGCACUUCCUGAUGAUGUGGAUUUGGAAGAGUAUGUGCCCUCUGAUGAGGAGGAGGCUGAUGGAAUCUUCCAGGCUAAUUCUGAAUCUCGCCUGGAGCCUGAAGGUGCAGAGGUUGGUGAACUUGAGUCAGGUAUUUGUGCAGUCGAACCCGGCCAUGAGUCUGCUUCCGAGGAGUGCCUCUUGUGGUCAGGUGAAAAGCUUCCUGAGGACCCAAAGGAGCAGGAGGAGUACCUAGAGGGGUUGUCUUCGCCCGUUGAUCAUGUGGUUUUACGAUACUUUGUAGGCUUGAAGUCCAAGAGUGGGGCCGAUGUGACUGCAGCCAUCCAGCAAAUGGAGGAGGAGGAGUUGGUGUCUUUACCAUUGGCUGAUGAUCUAGUAGAGGAAGCUGAGGCAGAUCAAGGAGACCAGCUUCGACCAGAGCAACUUGCCAGAAAACUCAUGUUGGAGGGUGAUUACUCCAAUGAGGCAUUCAAGGCACUUGUGAGCGCUCUGAGAGAGCAGGAGAAUCCAUCCACUGACAGAAGAGGAACUGCCAAACUUGAUCCACAGUGUCAUAGAAUACUUCAGAGCUUGGACUUCAGAUAUGUGAGUCUGGAGUCGGCGGACCCUUCAGUGUGCAUGGUUGGGAUUGAUGACAGACCAGAACCCUCCGAAGAAGAGGAGGAUGGAUCUGGGAACGCUGAUGACCAUGACCUUGAUCAAGACUUGCAGCUUGAUUCGUACACGCCAAUUAUAGGAUGGGACUUUUCUGGUGGAAAUCCGGGAGAAGUUCCAUUGGUUCAUUUAGAGGAAGUGGACUUGCACCAGUUCCUUCUUGAGAGAGGAAUACCUUGGGUGUACAAGCGCCUUAAGGAAAUGGGUGUCGAUGAAGCAAUUGAUCUCCAGUUCCUUUAUGAGGAGGACCUUAUCGAAUAUGGAAUUCCGGUUGAGGUGGCAAGGCGAGUUAUGGAGCGCGUGCAUCCACCGAACACUAGAAGGCCAGACAACCCGGAGUUGUGUGCUUUGAGGACCGGUGAAGUGCAGAUCCUUGACCGUGAACAACGCCCGAUACCUUGGGCAAUUCAGAACAGAACUCUUUUUGAUGAUGGUCAGGAGUUGCCCCUGGCGGAUCUUGGAGUUGGAGUGCAGGUGCCCUCAGUUGGACAGGGCGGGAUGAGUUGGAUUGAUCUUGAGGAGGAGAGAUUGUUUGGGAACAUAGGUUUCCGAGGUCAGGCCAGCUCGUCAGGUGAUGCCGCACAGCUAGGUUUCCAAGGCGAUGCCGCGCAGGUAGGUUCUCAAGGAAAGAUGAAGCUUAGGCAAUCCUCUGUCGAAGCCAACUUGUGGCAUCUGCUAGACGGCUCCGACACUCUCCUUGGCUAUGCAAUCGUCUAUGUCGACGAUAUUAUGGUCUUAGCGAGCCAGGAUGAUGCAGAAGCCUUCUACAAGUGGAUACGAUCGGUCUGGCAGUGCACCCCUUUGGAGGGAGCUGAGAGGGGCAAACCCAUCACCUUUUUGGGGGUAGAGGUGCAAGAAGACGAGGACGAGUUCGGCACCCUGGGGUUUGCAUUAAGUCAGUGCGGUUAUAUUGAAGAGUUGAUUAGAUCAUAUGGCAUGAGCCCGGUUCCUAGGUCCGUGCCCUAUCCCAAGGAGUGGAUUAAGGAGUUUCCACCUCAGGAAGAUUAUGGGCCAGACGUAUUGCGGAAGGCCCAGAGGGUCACAGGAGAGGUACUCUGGGUGGCGCAACGGUCGCGCCCAGAUAUAGCAUUUCCAGUUGCCCUGAUGGGUUCUUGGUGCACGCGUGACAUUCAGUUGUGGAUGUUGCUGAUGUUGAUUGUGAUGCAACUUCCAGAGGUUGAAGCUGCCGAUGAUGAGGAUAAUGCGGCUGAGCCGCUGAGCCUGGAGUUGUCGGCACUGGCAUUAAUGAUGAUGAUGUCAGCUUUGUUCAUCUGGGAGUCUGCCAAGUAUUGCCUUCAAAGGAAACGAGUACUCCUGAGCUUAGGCGACGUCGGGAGUGUGAUGUUCCUACCUCACCUUCCCAACAUCCACCUUUGA